AUGGCGUCUCAAAAGGCAACUUUGAUAAUAGGCGGUGCAGCUCUUGGUGCUGUUUCUUUGGCAGCUUAUCAAAAGCUCACACAAAAACCUAACCCUCGGUCUAUCCAACCAUUACCACCACAAAAUCUACCAUCACCACCUUCUACCCAACAGCAACACCGACCCACCCAAAAUCAAUCUCCAGUAAUCCCCGUUUCCAAUUUCGAAAUAUCUAAAGAAAUCCUUCCAUUCGGCUUUCCUGGCCCUGUCAACGACAUUGUUUAUCGAAGUGCUUAUGUUACCAGUUAUAAUCGUCGCGAUCGUAAUCCUAACUGGGUCGCUGAACAUCUAACGGCAGCUAAAUUAAAAAGAGGAGAGGACGUUGAUCGUUCCAAAUCUACUUUCAAAGAGGAUGAACAUAUUCCCGCUAAAUUCAGGGCCAAAUUGAGUGAUUAUUUCCGCAGUGGAUUUGAUCGCGGGCAUAUGGUACCUGCUGCCGACGUGAAAAAUAGCCAAGUGUCUAUGGAUGAAACGUUUUAUCUGACGAAUAUCGCUCCUCAAGUUGGAGAAGGUUUCAACAGAGACUAUUGGGCACACCUUGAACACUUUUGUAGACAAUUGACUAAGCAAUUCUCUGAUGUUUAUGUAUUUACGGGGCCAAUGUAUUUGCCGCACCAAGAAGCGGAUGGAAAAUUUUAUGUCAAAUACCAGGUGAUUGGAAACCCACCCAAUGUGGCAGUUCCCACUCACUUUUACAAGGUUAUUUUGACGCACCACCAAGGACGUUAUAGUGUAGGUGCAUUCGUACUGCCUAACGCACGCAUUUCGGACGCUACACCUAUCACAGCGUUCCAAGUACCCUUGGAUGCAGUAGAAAGAGGCACAGGCCUUACGUUCUUUAAACAAAGUCCUGUGGAUAAAAAUAAGAUACCCGAUCUCUGUAAAGAGACAGAGUGUAGGCUGGUUAUUCGUCAAUUUAAUAAUGCUCAAAAUAAGGCUUUGCCAGCCAAGUAG